UAAAGCAAGUCUAAAGUAUCCGAGAGACAGACAGACAGGUGCCGCGGAAGUUUACACUUGCAGGGGCGCAUCCCUCCGCGUCUUUUCGUCUUUAUCUGGGAUACAGUGAAAGAGAUCCGGCACCCACUGAUUCUGUGGUCGUCCCAGACUCGGCGUCCAGAGCAGCAGUGCCCGUGCCUCUCCUCCUCCUUUUCCUCUGGACCAACAGCAGCAGCAGCAGCAACGGUGACAGCGGCGGCGCAGUCAGAAACGAUGGGCCGGAAACUGGACCUCUCAGGCCUGACGGACGAUGAAGCCGAGCACGUCUUGAAAGUAGUCCAGCGGGACAUGAAGCUGCGGAAGAAGGAGGAGGAGAGGCUAAGUGAGAUGAAGCAGGAGCUGGCGGAGGAAGGCAGCAGAUGCUCCAUCCUCUCCAAGCAGCACCGCUUCAACGAGCACUGCUGCAUCCGCUGCUGCGCGCCCUUCACCUUCCUGCUCAACCCCAAACGCCAGUGCCUGGACUGUCAGUACAACGUCUGCAAGACCUGCUGCACCUACAGCAAGAGGGACAAAGCCUGGAUCUGCUCUGCAUGCCAGAAGGGCAGGAUAUUGAGGACACAGUCCCUCGAAUGGUAUUAUAACAAUGUGAAGAGUCGCUUCAAGAGGUUCGGCAGCGCCAAGGUUUUGAAGACUUUGUACCGAAAGCACAUUAUCGAAAGAGGCGCUCUUUCAGAUCUCCCAGAAAGCAGUGUUCACGAGGGAAGCAACGACAACGAUGGCAGCGUCUGCGGCAGUGACUCUGCCUUCUACAAACAAAGUGAAGGACACAGCAUGGCAGAGACGCUCACAGUCGCCCUGCGUGUUGCUGAAGAAGCCAUAGAAGAAGCCAUCGCCAAGGCGGAGGAGUUCAGCGACAGCUUGGAAAAGCAGAAUGAGGCUCGGUAUCUACGUGAUCACAAAGAAGAACUCAUAGAAGAACUUGCCACAACCAUUGUACAAAAAAUCAUCCAGAGGAGGAAGCGUUCAGAGAUGCAGACAGAGUAUGACUUUGUCUGGCCUCAGCCUCAGUCAUUGAUCCAACCCAGUGAACUUCCUUCUCCGUCUCAGCCUCAAGCUUCUUCGCAGGGACCACAGGACCCACUUAAGACCUCCUACUCCCUGUGGCGAUCACGGUCAGCGUUCUCCCUCACAAGUGACGACUCCCCUGAGAAAGGUCCAGAGGACGAGGGUGCCGGAGCAGGAGGGGGCUUACAAGAGUACGCAUCUCUAAAGAGGGAGGCCAAAGCCACGUCUUUACCCAGCUGGAAGAGUGUGGAUCGACUGGACAACUCCAGUGCAUCCUCUGUUCUCCAGAGCCCAGACGGGAACUGGAUUGCUCUGCAUAGUUCCCAGCUGUCUCGGCCCAGUCUGCUAACCAAGAGGAAGAGCCUGGUGUUCAGCGUUUUGGAAAAGGAGUCCGGUGUCGUGUCCGCCUACGACGAGAUGGGAUCAGACUCGGAGGUGGAUGAUGAAGGCGGCUGGGGCGCGGCGUUGCGUCAGUUCCGCCGCAAACUCUCUGAUGAGACUUACUACACGGACUCGCAGCACGACCCCGAGUGGACGUACACCCAACACCUUCCCAUUACCUCCCCGUCGUCAGGCCAGUACACCAACACAGAGACUCUGAACUCAGACUCUGAAGCCUCCUCGGUGCUGUCGGCGUGUCCUCGAAAGCCACCUCACAACCUGCUUAGGAAGAAAGGACCGCCUGACACACACCUGCAUCCACACCACCAGCCGCUGUAUCACCAACAUCUGCACCAGAACUUCUCUCCGUAUCCACUGCAUUCAGACGCACUGGAUGUGAACUUCAACCCCAAGGUGAUGGGGGACAGCAGUGAGGCUGAGGAGAAACAGAAUGACCCCAUCAGGAGAUCACGUAGACGAAGGAAAAGCAAGAAAGAGUCGUCAACAGAGCAAAGCAGGUCUGGAGGCCAAAGCCAGAUGCACUCCAUCUACCCACUAGUGCAGGAGAACAGUGGUUUUCUACUCAAUGCACUCCUCAAGAGGGGUUUAAGUGAGGAACACCCGGUACCCGAGCCCACACCAAAAGCUCCAGUUGAACCAGACGCCUUGAAAUUAGACGCCAUGACACCGGAGCCUGAAGACGUGGACACGGUGGCUCCAAAUUCUGCAGCCCCCAGCUCUCCUCCAGCUAAUUUCCCAGCUUUAGGGCAAGCGCUGUCACCCAGCAGCUCAGGCCUGAGAUCAAGCAGUGGAGAUCCUCUGGAACAAGAGCUACGAUCCAGACUCAGCGAGCUGGUCAGCCGAGCCAACAGCAAAGACAGCAGCUCAUCUGAAGAGGAGUGCACAAAGUGGCCUGCAGACAAACAGACAGAUAAAGAAAGUGACAGACAGAGAGAGAAGUCAUGCCCGAAAGACACCGAAAAAGAAAAGCAGAGGGAAAGUGACAGAUUAAGAGACAGGGUGAGCAGUAAGGAAAAGGAGAAAACAAGUGAAACAGCAGAACUAGUGAAUGGACAAGAGAUGAAAAGGAGUGAGAGACUGUUAAAGAGUCAAUCACUGAGAGAAGAAGGAAGGGUUCGGGAGAGGAGGUUAGACAGGGAAGUGGAGAGUCUGGAGGAGAAAAUAGACGAGCACGUGCAAAAGAGAGGCGAUAAAAGAGAGGGGAAUAGACAAAGUAAGAGACAACACAAAAGAGAUGUGGAGAAGGAGAGAGGAGGAGGAGGAGGAGCGAGGAGGAGUGGAUCUAGCGCCAGCUCUCCUGCUAUUACCCCUUCUUCCCAGGAGGGGGUGCUGUCCGGCAGCCAGGAAGGACAGUUUGACUCGGAGUCACAGCAGAGGCUUCAGUUGCUCUCCUCUCUCUUACACCAGCAGAAGUACUCGGCGGCGUCUCUCUGCAGCAUCACCACUGAGGUGCUAAAGGUUUUGAACGCCACAGAGGAGCUGAUCGGUGAAGCAGGAGGUGAGAGCUACACCCCGUCUGAGUCUAUAAGUGCAUCUCCCAUCUCCAACAGCUCAGAAACCCGUCGGCUGGACCAGAGGCUGACCAAGAUGGAGGAGAAUGUGUAUCUGGCUGCCGGGGCAGUGUAUGGCCUGGAGGGGGCCCUGGGGGACCUGGAGCAUUGUGCCCGAAGUAUCAGCAGUGGCACCACUGACACAGAGCUGGCCUUUCUGGAAGACCAGGUGGCCACUGCAGCUGCUCAAGUCCAACAGUCAGAGCUACAGAUAUCAAAUAUUGAGGCCAGGAUAUCGGCUCUGAAAACAGCUGGACUGAAUGUGACUGUCUGCAAUCGAUUCUCCAAGUUCAAGCCAAAGGCUAAGCCUCAAACCCUGGAUUCAUCACGGCAUCAGAGGAGGAAGCUUCCUGCCCCUCCAAUGAAAGAUAAAUUGGAGCCAGAGCAGCAGGUGAAAGUGUUUCAGCCAUAGCGGCAGUCCGAAGCACAACAAGUCCCUCAGGGCCACUUCCGAGGGACAGGGGCCCCUCUCAUCCAGUGCCUUGACCCAGUGUCCGCCUCCAGCUCCAGGCUAAGAAGGGGCCAACACCUGCCCUGUGUGACCACCCGGCUUUCAGCUCUCAGCCAGGCACAGUAUCACAUCAAUUAAACAUGUCCGAUAACAGACGCUUCACUCCUCCUCUUCCUCCUCCUUUCAUUUCUCACCUGGAAGACAUAACCGGCAUUACCCUUUUCCGUACAGCGCGCCAUAUACGACUCGACGUUUGGUGUCUCUGCCUUAAGAUCUGCAAAACACUCCUCAUGAGCCGAUUCCAAAAGAAAACCUGUACAGUGGGAAAAAAAAACAAAACAAAACAAGCAUUUCCUUUUUUCUAUCUGUUUGCAAGAGUAUUGUGAUUAAAUGUACAAUGAAUCAUGUGAAACCUUUCUGUGAUUCCAUGUUCUGAAAAGAGGCUGAGCUGUGUUUUAUACUGCAUCUUUUUUUCAUUUCACCACAUGAGGAAUUUCACCGUAAGCCCCAUCAAAGCCUUUUGAAUGAUUGUCACUUUUCACAUACAGCUACCAGAUGGUAAUCCUCAUUUAGGGGAUGAUUGUACCUUUUAACAUUUUACCCAUUUUAAAGGUAAUUCUAAACACACGCGUAUCAGAUGAUAGAGUUUAGAUGUGUUACGUAUCAGGGCCAAAACACUUUUAUCUUUCUCUCCUGCCAUUAAAUUUACUUUAUGGCAAUAAUGGAACUCAAAGCACACUGCUGAGACAUUUUAUCCAAUAGUAAUUUAAGGCGAACUGUAAUGAUAAUGCUAAUUUACAGGAGAAAUACAGUCCAGUUUAUUUGGAAAAGGAAAUACUGACAUACACACUGCAGCCUUAAUGAGGAAGCCGUGGGAUACGGCAGUGAAAAGAAUCCAACUGAGUCCAGACUCACAUGGGGAUUCAUUUAAUACUGUACAUGUCUGACAUAUACAGGUUCAGUCCGAUUCCCUCAUGCGUUAUUCUUAAACCCAUCUUUUUCUCUUCCUCUGUCAUCAUGUUCUUCAUUUAAACUCCGUGGCCUUUUAUUUGAACAAAAAGUCUAUUUUCUUUUCCAAACUUUUACUUUGCGUCCGGAAAUUGUGUGUAGAUUUUUACAUACUGAAGUCUGAUAGGCUUUAUAACAAAUGCCAUAAAACCAUAAUUUUGUUACAAGCGAUUUAUUUUUGUACUUACUGAACGUUUUUAUGCAAUAUCACUGAAAUAAGUACUAUUGCAAAUUAUUAAAGGCUUUAUUCUCUGCUCACAGGAGCCCUCCUCAGUCGUGUCAGACUCUCAUGUGUGAUGACUCAAAGUGCUUUCAGUGUAUGCUUGCAUUUACCAUUUGAUAAUGCCAGUAAUGAUGAUGGUAAAUGUUACUAAAACACAGGAGAUAGCAAGCAUUUUUGGAGCGGCUAGUACAACUCAUACUAUAUUUGUACUGCUCUAACACUAGAUUUGAGAAUACUGCCUUUUAUCCUUUUCAUUUUUUCGGUUAUUUCGCUUUACUCUGUGACCACUUACAUCAGUAAAGCAUCCACUACACUCGGCGAUAAGAGCAGGGAUGGAUUUCCUUUUGAAAUGCUUCAACUAAAAGGUGUGGUGAUCUUCUGAUUGAAUGCUCUGCCCAUUUUAUUAGUGACCUUUUCAACACAGCAUCUGGUUUUUCACACUGAUCCUGUACUUUUGUCAAUCCUGUUCCCAAAGGUGUUGAUGUAUAAAAAGCAUGUUUCAGGUUUUAUCGAAUUGAUGUACAAAUCUCCAUGAGAAGCACAGCCACAAGGGUCCAAUCAUCAGUGUCCUGUAUUUUUCUAAUAUAUAAAAAAAGAUAUAAUCCCAUCUCAGAAUUUGUUAAUAUAUGUAUAUGUGUGAAAAGAUGGUUAUGAUAUUGAAAAUGUGUGUAUUUCCCAAUCAUAGUUGACUAAUCUUUCAGUGUUGUGAGCAAGAGACUGUGUAUAAUUGUCAUGAUUUGUCAGGCUGGAUUCACACAGGAAGUCUCUAAUUUACUACUGUAACUGUGUCACCUCAUUUGCCCUAAAGGAUAUUUUGUCAGAAAUGAUGAGAGCUGCACAGAGCUAGAAACAAAUAUUAUUUUGUUCCUGUUUCAAUCCAGUGAGAAUGAAAAUGACGUUGGUUCACUGUGCACUGUUCCACAGGAGGGCCAUUCACUUUUACGUGCAAAUUGUUUGUUGCAAACCAUAUGACAUGUUGGGGAAAAUAUUAACAAGCAAAAAAUACAGAUUCUAUGUGCCACAGUACUCUGAGAAAAAAAAUGUAUUAUGAAAUGAAUAAAAUUUGCAAACUUAAAGCAA